GUUUUCACAGGAAUAUAUGGAUAUGCAAUUGGAGUGCUCUGGCUUCUGUGUGGAGUUCUUUUUGUAACAAUCACUUUUUGUUGCCAAAGUAAUGAAAGAAGAAGACAAUGCAAUAAUAUGUUUCCUUGUAAUUUCAAGGGCUGUGAUGUUUGGCCAAAUCCUUUUGCUAUAAUGCUCAUGCUAUUAGCUAUGGCUUCAAGUGGGUUAGUUCUUGUAAGCAGUGAAAAAUUCAAUUACCAAGCAAGAACUUCAGUUAAUAUUAUAAUCAAGACAGCAAAUGAAGCAUCAGAAAUCAUACACAAUGCAACAGGAGCAUUAAAAGAAAUUCAUAAAGACUUGGUGGAAUCCAAUAUUGGACUUCAAGUUUCUGGAAAUUUAUACUCAACAGCUGAUAAAUUUGAUUCUACGGCCGAUAAUCUCGUAAACAAAGCUACAAAAGAUAGGCAAAUCAUCAACAAUGCUUUCAAACUAGUGAUUGUAUUAACCAUUGUGACCAUAAGCUUUAACUUGAUUUUGCUAACAACUUUAUCAGUUUUUGGAGUACUAAAGUUAUGGAGGGUACUUUACUUGCUUGUGUUAAUGUGCUGGUUGAUUAUAGUGAUAUGCUGGCUACUAUUUGGAGUAUAUUUGUUUUUAAACAAUUUUUCUAAUGAUGUUUGUACAUCUCUAUUCAACUUUGAAGAAAAUCCUUAUAGUAGCAGCCCCCUAAGUUACAUCCUCCCAUGUAAACAAUUGCUCUCAGCAAAACCAGUCCUAUCAAAAAUUGGUGGUGGGAUCUACAACCUAUUCAAUGAGGUGAACAAAAACAUAAAAAAUCUAACAAUGAUUCCAAAUCUUGUUUAUAUAUGCAAUCCUUUCACAGCACCACCUGAAUAUUUAUACCAGCAAGAGAAUUGUCCACCUCAUACUGUUCAAAUAGGAGAUAUCCCAAAGGUAUUAAAGCCUUAUACUUGUUUCGACGAGGAUGAAGAAAAAUGUAGCUAUCAAGAGUUCAUACCAUCAAGUGAUUAUCAGAUAAUCGAGUCAUACGCGCGUUCAAUUCAGAAUCUAUUAAAUGUGUAUCCUUGUAUGGAAGAAUUGAUAGGAUGUGAGUUGGUAAAAGAUGCAUUGGCUCAAGUUGUUUUCAAACACUGUAAGCCUUUGAAGAAAUUUGCUAAGAUGACAUGGUUAGGAAUGUUGUUUGUUGCAAUGUUCAUGAUGUUUUUGCUUGUGUUAUGGAUCACAAUAAAGGCUCAUUAUGAUGAUAAACACAGUAAUGAUAAUGCUUCAGAUAGUUCAUUACAACCACAUGCUGUAACAGAAAAUGCAUAGCUAAGAUAUUGUAAAAAUCAUUUAAUUUCAUUCAUUUAUAUAUAGUACAUUUGGAAGGUAAGCACUUUCCAAACCAUCUUGUAUAGGAAUGAGGUGCAGAUUUUGUACAUACAUAUAUUGAUAUUUUUAGAAAGGCUAGACUAGGGGGUGUAGAAUUCAAAAUAUCAUAUGUACAAUUUACAAAAAUAAUUUAACAAUGAUAUCAGAUCAUGAUGAAAAUUUAAA